AUGGAUUGCUUGGUUCUACCAGUCUCAAUCUUGAGCCGCCGUUGCUCCGGCCACCUGCUAGGUUACCGGCAGCUAACUGAUGACUUCUUUGUUGGCUCAGAUGAUCCGAUCACAGUGGUGGUAGGGAAGGAAAAGAAGGAGUUUUUGGUGGACCCUUUUGUGUUAGAUGAAAAUCCUUUUAGGGUUUUGAUUGAUUUGGUGAAGAACAAGAAGAAACACUCGUCGUCGUCGUCAUCAUCAUCAUCAAGAUUGAUGGUUGAUCAACAGAAGAAGAAGAGGGUGUUGUAUGUAGAUGUGGAUGCCAUUUUGUUUGAGCAUAUGUUAUGGUUGAUGCAUAAUGAUGUAUCAUCAUUGUUCAAGCUUAAUCUCAGGGAAAUUAUUGAUUUCUAUGCUCAAGAUUACUAG